UUCACGCCGACAGUCUGCCUCUUCUGCCGGUGCGUUUCACCCACCUACGAGACCAACCUGAUCCACAUGCAAAAGGCCCACGGCCUUUUUAUUCCGAGCUCGAUCGAUAACGGCACUCUGAGCCUGGCUGUGGAUACCGAGACGAUCGUGGGCUACAUGCAUGCAGUCAUCUUCGAGUACCACGAGUGCUUGUCUUGCGGCACACAGAGAGCCAGCGUACACGCUGUGCAACAGCAUAUGAUGGGGAGGGGGCAUUGCCGGAUUGACGUUGAGGCACAGUCUAGUGAGUGGAGGGACUUUUAUGAGAGUCCCGAAGAUGGAGACGAUGAAUUCGUGAAUGAGGAAGGGAGUUGUGAGAGCCACAGCGAUCUUCGGCUCGCAUCCGGCAAGGUACUAACCCAUCGAUCGGCGCCAGCUCCAAAGAGCCACCAUCGGAGACCUCUUUCUGAGCCGCAGCAUAACAACAAAUUCGAAGGGGAAAAUCCUUCAUCGUCAACGCCGGAACCACCGUUCCAAGCACUGAGUUGCGCCGACAGCCGCCUCCGCGCAUCUCAUAGAUCAGCUCUCACCACCGCACUCUCCAAAAUGUCUGCCCGCGACCACUCCGCGCUCUUGCAUCUCUCGCUAGCGGAAAGAAGAGCAAUGGUUAUCACACAGUUUAAGCAGCAGAAUCGGGUCAAUACAGCAGAAAGGAGAUAUUGGAGUGGGUAUGAUCGUAGGCAGGAUCGACCUGCGUUCGGUGGUAAGGAGUGGCUUCGUGGGGGAUAA